AUGAAUUUUGGAGCUUCCAGUAACCGCUGCGUAACAAUUCUCGCCGUCACUGAAACAUCGAUCGAAUGCGCAGGCGUCAGGGCUGCGGAUGGUCCCGAAUAUCGCGCAUGCGCGCAGUAUUCAAACGGCCUUGGCGGAAAUUGGACGCAGGUUAAACACAACAAGGAAUUUGUCUACAGCAAUCUCGAGCACAACACGCCAGUUUUGCUGUCUCUGUCCAGAUAUUUAAGAAGUGGAGCAAAGGAUUCACUCACUCAUCUGACUGACUGGCAUGCUCGUCAUUUUACACAUUGCUCAGACAGAGGGAAUGGAUUCAGUUGGUCAUUUCAACUGAAGGUACAUCAGCGAGUUCACACUGGAGAGACGCCGUUCACCUGCUCAGACUGUGGGAAGGGAUUCACUCAGUCAUCCACCCUAAUGGCACACAAGUCAGUUCACCCUGGGGAGAGGCCGUUCACCUGCUCAGACUGUGGGAAGGCAUUCACUCAGUCAUCUAAACUGAAGGUACAUCAGAGAGUUCACACUGGGGAGAGGCCAUUCAUCUGUUCAGAGUGCGGGAAGGGAUUCACUGAGUCAUCUCAGCUACUGAGACACCAGUCAGACCACACUGGGAAAUGGCCGUUCACCUGCUCAGUCUGUGGGAAGGGAUUCACUUUCUUGUCUCAUCUGAAGGUGCAUCAGCGAGUUCACACUGGGGAGAGGCCAUUCACCUGUUCAGACUGUGGGAAAGGAUUCUAUCAGUCAUCCCACCUUCAAGAACACCGGUUACUUCACAUUGGGGGGUGGUCGUUCAUCUGCUCAGUGUGUGGGAAGGGAUUCCCUCAGUUUUCUCAACUACUGAGCCACCAGCGAGUUCACACAAGGGAGAGGCCAUUCACCUGCUCUGUGUGUGGGAAGGCAUUCACUUGGUCAUCCCAACUACAGAGACACCAGCGAGUUCACACUGGGUAGAGGCCGAUCACCUGCUCAAUCUUUGGGGAGGGAUUCUGUCAGCCAAAUCAAUCAAAUGUACACCAUUGAAUUCACACUGGGGAGAGGCUGUUCACCUGCUGUGAAUGUGGGAAGUGAUUCACUCAGUAAUCUAACCUUAUGUUACUCUGGCUUCGGCUAGAAGCUUAAUAUAGGGGGUGAUAGCCUCCCAGCCCAGACAAGUUAAGAAAUCACAUUUGGGUGAAUGCUGCGUGAUGUGUCCCCUGUUACAAAUCAGUACCCCAAAAUAAGAAACAGUACACAAUAUGUGAUUAAAGGAAUGAGAUUUAAAAUUCUUACUUUGACUGUAGGGUUAGUAAAGAAAACAAAAAAAAGGAAAAUGGGCCCACUCUCUCCAUUCACGUCUUCUCAUCCCUCCCCAGCAAAAGACCAUGAAAUCUCUCUUCCAGACUCACAAGGAAGAACAUUUCUCUCAUUGGAUAGCCCCGCACUCCAAAACCCUGUUAUCUGUAGUCGUAACCUAAACAUUGCUGCUACAGAGAAACCAUUACCUCAGCAGUGAAACACUGCACAGAGGCCGUUACAUGAGCAGUGAAACCUUACAGCGUGUUACACUUAUGACACACUACCGAGUUCACACUGGGGAGAAAGUUUGAUUAAGCUGCAUGCUGGAUAUUUGUCCAUCACCAUUGCUGAAUGCAAUUUUGAGAGUGACUGUCGGUGCUGGACUCUGCAAUUAUUGCUGCUGCUCACCACACCCAGUUCUGCACCGUGGUCACUGGACAUGGGAGGAGUUUCUUCUGCUACAUAUUCAACUUUAUGGAACUGGAGUUUAAUAUUCUGGAUCUGAGACAAAUAAAUCAGUUCUAUUUUAAACUCUGUCUCCGAUACUUGGUGAAUUUAUAACACACGAAGCGUACAGUAAAGAGUCAACUCAGGUCGGCUGGACCCUGCCAGUGAUUCCGUUUCACGACAGUCCUUUAAAUCCUCCCCUGUUGUUCAUCUCUCACUCCGCCUGUGGUGAUGGUUUCCAAACUGUCACCACUCUGUGGGUGAAGAGGUUUCCCUUGAACUCUCUGCAGACUGAAGAAGUCGAGCUGACUGCAGUUCUGUCUGAGAUGUUCUUCACCCCUCUAAUCUCUGGACUGAGGAAGAAUAACAUUGGUAGUUAACCUCCUUAAUCACUACUCAUUUCCACAUUAUGGGUCCUUUUCCCUGCUUCUAAAGGGUUGUUAGAAAACACCACCGUCCUCUAAAGACUGAAAGCAGAAUGGGAAACCAUUAGUUGGAUGUUCAACAAAGCAGGGUCAGAAACCAGAGGCGGGUCUGCACAGGGCAGAGUUUGGGGCUCUGGAUGAUGGUCGGGGUAAGAACGUAUGAUGAGGAGACGGGAAUCAGCAGCGGGGUGUGGCAAUCAGUGACAGAGUAACAACAUUUGGAAGCUGAUUGACAGAGAAAAUCUUUGGGUUCUCUGACUGGUGACACAAACAAUACCUGUGGUGAGGUGCUCCACUGGUCGAGGAACAUGUGUGUGUGGGGAAUGGUUUCAUCUAUUGAGGGAGUUGUACCUGCUUGUUUGUCCUAUAAUAUUAUAUCCAGAUGGUUAUUAUGGAUUGUCCUAUCUGAAAUAAUGUAUUGAUUAUCAUAUAAUUUGUAAGAUUUUGACUCUAAAACUGGAUCUGGCUUGAAUUUAUGGUGGCUUUAUGAAGUGAUGAAGGGCAUUCAUGAGUUUGUAUUUUAAAACAUGAUUUUGGUGAAUGAUAUUUGCCACUUGAUUGCACUUUUGUAAGUGAUCAAAUUGAAUUAAACUGCUGCAGGAUCCUGGAAUGUGUUGGAUUGUGUCUGGUUUCUCUUGGCAUUUUCUGCACUUACUGCCUUGUUUGUUUAUAUUUCCUGUAUUUUUGAUUUUUUUUUUCCUUUUGUUAACCACCUUGUCCUGUAUUUCUGCUGGGACCCCCUCUGUUUCUGCU